GCCUUGUGGAUAACGUACGACCAUUCACAGUGAAAACCCAGAAUCAGGUUUUUUCUCGUCGUGGGCCGAUUUCACACUUACUACGUCUUCUGAAAGAAAAAUAUACAAGUACCUCAGGAUACCCUCUUCUCAUGACCAUCCUCUUCACGAAUAUCAGGCUCGUUGCUUAUGUGACCAUCUUCGGGAUUUCUGCAGCAGUCUUGGGGCUUGCAGCCAACUUCGCGAAACUUUUUCUCCCCAACCUUCAACAUGAUUUUACGAUUUUCUCACUUGUUGUACCAUCUCUAACGAUUCUUGUGUAUUUACUACUACUGCAGUGGGCUCAGCCUCGUCUGGAGGUUACGGCGCAUUUCAUUAUUGGCGUCUUAUGGCUAGCAAUGGGAGCCUGGGCUGCGGAUAUUAUAGGAUAUGUUCAGUGUUAUCCCCUUGGUGGAGAGAGCACACCGACGAAUAAUGGAAGCAUGUCAUCUCGCACAUAUUGCUAUGAAAUGAAAGUGAUCGAAGCACUCUCGUGGUUCCUAUUCGUGCUAUUGGCCAUCUAUUUCACUAUCAUAAUAACGCUCACCACCCGUGCUGUUGUCCUCGGCCGGCACUUUGCCUGGAGCGAGCAUAUAUCCCAGUUGGGGUGGUUUGGCGAACUCCCUGGCUAUCCUACAGAAGCUGUUUACCCUAGGCCGUACGCUGGUUAUGGGGGAUAUUCACAACCCUAUCCAAUGAUGCAGCCGAAUGUGAUGCAGAACCCCAUGGGUGGUUACGUUGUUCAGCAAGCUCAUGGACACUCGGUUGUGAUCCAGCCAGGUGUAAACGGACAGCCUGCUACGAUCAGCCAAGUCCCGUCGAUGUGAUGAUAUCCCUUUGAAAGACAAAUUAGAACAAAGAUGUUAAAGGAAGACAUGAUGGAAAAUGGAUACCCAUUCAUAGCGGUUUCUUUCAAUUUUUGUAUGAUGGACUGGCUAGGGUUUGGGAGGAUAGUAUGAAUCGGAUAGUUUGGGUAUGUACCAUGUAUAGACAUAGCUCUAGAUCUAUUUACGUGCUUUUUAUUGUUC